AUGUCUUCCACCACGAACGUUCUCAUCACCGGCGCCGGCCGCGGUCUCGGCCGUGGAUUCCUCACAACGUUCCUCGCUCGCCCCAACCACAUUGUCAUCGGCAGUAUCCGCGACCUUGACUCCAACACAGCCAAGGACUUGCGGGCCAUCACGCCGGCCUCGGGCUCGCGCCUCAUCCUCGUCAAGAUCGAAGCCACCUCGACGACGGACCCCGUCGACGCCAUCCGCCAGAUCGAGGCCGAGGGCGUCAGCAAGCUCGACAUCGUCAUCGCCAACUCGGGCAUCACGGGUAUCCAGGGCGGUCUCGAGACGGUCGACCCAGCCGACUUCCAGCACGUCCUGCUGGUCAACGCCGUCGCGCCCACGGCCCUCUUCAACGCCGCGCAGCCGCUGCUCGACAAGGCCGAGAACCCCAAGUGGGUGUCCAUCUCGACGCUUAUGGCCACCAUCGGCGGCCUCGAGAAAACGGCCGCAUGGCCGCCGGUUCCCUAUAGUGCUUCCAGGGCGGCCGCUUCAACUUUAUCACCAAGUCGAUCCACAUCUGGCACUCCAACAUUACUGCCAUCUCGGUGA